AAAUUAAUGGGGUCACACCAAUCGACUCAGCCAGCGAAUAAUCCACGUAAUCUCCUCGUUUAUCGUGGGUCCUAAUGGGCUACCACGGAAAGGUUGCUUGAGCUCACAUGGUGACAGAAGAGGAUUCGACUGUGGAGACCAGACAAAGGCAAGACAGUGGCAUUGAUGGCGGAGAGGAGGUGAAGUCGGAAUCAACCUCAUCUACAUUCGCACGGAAAGAGAAAGAUAAAGCACCUAACACACCUCGUUAUCUGCCCUGCCUUGCUCUUCACACUCUACACUCAGUAAAAUCUAGCUAGCUGUGGAAAACCGCUUCCCCUGUUCCCGAGGGCAUUUGCCAUUUUCAUCAGUGGGGCAGAGUCACCACCAUUCUGAUCUCAGGGAAAUGGCAAAUCGCCGACUUAAGGCCGCCGUCUUCAUCUUCUUGCUCUCAGGGGUGAGCAGCGUGUGGGGAGGGAGCAUUGGCAUCAAUUACGGCCAAAUCGCGGACAAUCUGCCGCCUCCAGAGCGGGUCGUGGGGCUUCUGCAGUCGAUUAACAUCCAAAAGGCGAAAUUAUAUGACGCUGAUCCGCGGGUUCUAAGAGCUUUUGCAAAUUCCGGAGUGGAGUUUGCAGUGGGUUUGGGCAACGAAUACGUGAGCAACAUGACAGAUCAAGCCAAGGCAGAAGAAUGGGUAAAAUCAAAUGUGCAGGCAUACUUACCGGCCACGAAGAUCACGAGUAUUGCAGUGGGAAACGAAGUUUACACGGGCAACGACACGGAUCUCGUGAAAAAUCUGGUGCCGGCGAUGCAGAAUAUCCAUUCAGCGCUGGUGAGCCUCGGCCUGGAGUCCUCCAUUAACGUCUCCACUGCGCACUCCAGCGGUAUACUUUCUGUCUCUUACCCGCCAUCCGCUGGCACUUUCAAACCCGAGCUCACCGCUUUCCUUAUACCGCUUCUCGAUUUCCUUACGCAGGCCCAUUCGCCGUUCCUUAUAAAUGCCUACCCUUUCUUUGCCUACACGGCUGAUCCGAACCAAAUCCCGUUGGACUACGUACUGUUUCAACCCAACGACGGCAUGCUAGAUAACAAUUUGCGCUAUGAGAAUAUGCUUUACGCCCAGAUUGAUUCGGUUUACGCCGCCCUAGCGCAGUUAGGUUAUCACAACCUGGAUGUGCAGAUUUCCGAGACCGGGUGGCCUUCCAAGGGAGACGAGGACGAAAUCGGUGCAACGCCUGAAAACGCCCGGACUUACAAUGGAAACCUCCUUCGCCUGGUCUCGCAGAACGGGGGGACUCCCAUGAAACCGAACACUACGCUGGAUACCUAUGUCUUUGCUCUCUUCAACGAGAAUCUCAAGACCGGUAAGACCUCGGAAAGAAACUAUGGCCUCUUUAAGCCGGACGGCACGGCAGCAUAUGAUCUCGGCCUGCACGGAUCGUUGUCUGGUUCUUCUACCUCUGUUUCCUACAGUACAUCGGCUGCCACGAGGAUGCGUUACCAUGUGAUUUUCCUCUCCGUCUACCUCCAGGUUGUGCUUCUGAGCCUCUGCUCUUUCUUUGCUGGGAAGCUCUUCUUGUACUGAGGCGCAGAGCCAGAGAAGCAGAGUAUUUUAUGAUGAGCAAAAGCUAAAGCAAACUUACGAUAGACAGUCGUGACGUACUGAUCAUAAUUUGGUAGGGAAUGGAAAUGAAAUGAGAUGAAUCUGGAGAGCUCCAGCGUCAUUUUUGCGCACCUUUAAUUUCUGGAACUCUUAAGUCUUUGCAAAUCACUGCCACGCCGUUGAUAGCUGCAAAGAUUUUUAGGUUCCACUGUACACUACAAGAUAAACACGUUGCUGAAGGUCGCGCAAAAAUAAUCUGGUGCUUCUCCAUGGCAGGAUACCAGGAGAAUACGGUGACAUGCAAUCACCAUAGCUAGCUCACUCACAAAUUUACUCUGUGUGCUGUAAUUUUUUCUUACAAAAUAUAAAUACUCAAAAAUUUAUAAUUUA